GUUUCCAAAAGGCACCUGCAAAACUAUAUAAAGCAACUACCUCAAUAUUAACUUUUGAUACUACUAAUCUGCCGCAUCAAUUUCCCUUGUUUCCCUUCUCCCACACCUAAACUACCUAGGGAACUAAAUAACACUCCCGUUUAGACGAGACGAAGAUAAUACAGCACUUCUUUCGAUCACCGUCUAAUAUCAGCCUCGAAUCCACCUCGUCAUGGCCGGACGUCGACGCCGGGCGCCGUCCAACUCGACAGUCGCAACCGUCAACGAAGCGGCUAUACAAUACUACCAAGAAGAGACCGUACUAAAGCCCGUCUCUUCUCGAGCACACCCCGACGACUGGCCAUGCUUUCUACUUACCGAUGCGACCAUUUACCAUAAGGAUGGUACAUUGGCAAAUCUGUUACAUGUCGAUUUGGAGGGGCCUUUGAUUGUCCGUGGAAAAGUCGAAGUUGAGAAAGACCAAGAAAGAUUCUUGGUCAACCGACACAUCAAGGACCGGUCACCUCGGAUUCAAAUUCAGAACACACUGUCAUUCUCCAUUGGCUUGAAAGAGGAUGGUCUACCGAUGCCUGUGCUCUGGGCUAGUGGCGGAGCAGGCUGGUAUGAAAUCGUCCCUUCCGAAGCCUAUAAAGCUGUAUGCGACACCAUGUUCCAAGGCAUAUCUCUUCACUAUGCUAUAUUGGACGAGUAUGACGCCACGCUUGAAGAGCUUCACAAGAAAAAGAAGAACAGGAACAAGACGCUAAGCGACGUCAAGCUAUCUUUGGAUGAUGUCCUGUUUAAGUAUGCCGUGACUGUUGGUGACGGCAUUACUUUAUCAGAAGCCCACCAGCGAACUAGAGACCAGGCCAUCUUCUUACUCUCGCACUUUCCUAAAGGCACUGAAUUCCACAAUUGGUUGACGAAUGAAUUUCCUACUAUUGUAAAACGACUGGCGAAAAAAGAAUCCAACGAUUCCAAAACUUCUGGAAACGAAGGAACAAGCCCUCUGGUCGCCGUUCCAUACCCGUCAUUAGAAAAGUCUAGUUCUCUCGAAGUUGUCGACAUCAAGAAGAAGGGCAGACCGCCAUUGCGAAACUCGGCUUCGAGGUCCCUUCGCUAUAGUGGGGCAGCCAGUUCGGAUGCGCCCGACCUAUCUAGUGAUGAACAAACCCCAGCGAACCUACCCAAGCCCAAACAAAAGUCUCCUAGCAGAAUUCGUUUGGAGUCCACCCGUAGUGUCGACAUGAUGAUUCUUGACGUUCCUGAUGAUCAAAAUCGGGACUCAGACGCAGCUGACGAUAUAGCGAGACUAACUCCACAAGAAGCGAGUAGAGCCCAUUCGGAUACUGCAUCCUCGUUAUCUCUUGUAGUUGAGGCCCUGCGAGACAUCCGACAGGAAAUGCUUGACCUGCUAGAAGAGGGUAAACAAAAGAAGCAUCCCGACGACAUGAGUCCUAAGGGCUGGUGCACUAAACUCUACCUCGAAUUAAGCAUUAGAAACCCCAAAGCAUUACCAGAGGUCUGCGAAUACUUCGCCCGAGACCUUGUACGGCUCCUCGGACCAGAGUGGUAUAAAAGCCAGUUCUAUAAGUGGGUGAAGGAUAACUUUGAUACGAAACCCAAGUUCGAGUUUAUUACCGAGGACGACAUCCAGAAAAUUGCCAGGCGCAAGAAGAAGGGAAAAGUUUCACGUGAAGAAACUCAUUCGACUCCCGGGACCAAAGAGCUACCAGUAAGAACCGGAGGAAAGCACCCGCCACGAAGAGGUCGCCCUAGUGGUAAAAUGGCAGUAUUGCGUCCUCCUACCAGUAGCAAGAAGCGCUUGCGCCAUGAAACGAGCUAUGAAGAUGACGAAAUGGAUAUUGACGAGGAUGGCAUUUUGAAGAAAACAUCGAAGAGAUCUAGAUACCUUGAUGAUGAAGAUGAGGAUGUAGAUGAUACAAGUUCUUCAGUCGAUGACGACGAUGACGACGACGACGAAGCCGAUAAUACGGACUCCCCACUUACCCGAAUAGUCAUCCGCGCCAAUAAGCUACCGUCCACCUUUCCCAAUGGACCAGAUCAAACGUGGACAUGUGAAGAGCCUGAUUGUGGAUACGUCGUUCGAGCUGCCGACGAGGAAGAUGGCCGCGCCCUCAUCCACCAACACUACGAGGCACACGAGAAGGAGGCGCGAGACGAGGCGGAACAGAGCAAGGCGAGCCUUAUGGAACUUGCCGUCCAGGAGUCCCAGAAGGGACAUAUCCCUAUCAAUCACUUGCUAGAGAAGAUCCGUGGCAUGGGGGAGAAAGCACAGAAGCACGGCGAGACGCAACUUAACGGCCAGACCGUCCCACAGCAUAUCAAGCGUGGCCUUCUGGCAUAGAACCGUCCAUACUCCGCAUCGUGUGAAGCCUUAUUAUUCUUUUUGCUUUUUAACAUUCCUUUUCUGAUUCGGAGCGUCUGGGAUAUAUAUGGACGGUGGCUAGCCUCUGGGACGGCAACGAUCAUGGUAAAGGGAUGAUACCCGGUUGUUUAUGGUGUCCAGGUGUUUCUGGGGAAUCAGAAUAAGGUACUCAGCACUUCAUAUACAUGGCUAGACUUGAGUAGUGUUCCUACGAUAUACUAGUCUAGACGGAUAUGUUACGGUCGUUGUAGUGUGCUACAUUGGAACUUAUUUAUACAAUGCCGCC